CAUGCGAGCGGCUCCCCGGUUUAGUUGGGGACGCAGGAGAGAAGCGCAGAGAUGAUGGGACGCUUUGGGAAGAAGGGACGAUACUCCUGCUUUGGCUUCCUCGCGGUCCUGGUUCUCCUGCUGCCCUAUGCGAUGGCAAGAGGGUCACGUGAUGGUCUCUCAGCGAUGUCUGGAACGCUGCCUCACUUUCUGCAGGAGCCCGAUGAUGCGUACAUUGUCAAAAGCAACCCCAUCAAGCUACGUUGCCGUGCACGUCCUGCCCUCCAGAUCUUCUUUAAAUGCAACGGGGAUUGGGUCCAUCAGAACCAACACACUUCCUUGGAGCACACUGAACUAGGAACGGGGCUGAAGAUCCGGGAAGUGAUGAUAAAUGUGUCCAGACAGCAGGUGGAGGACUUCCACGGACCAGAGGACUACUGGUGUCUGUGUGUGGCCUGGAGUCAUCUGGGCACCUCGAAGAGUCGCAAAGCCACCGUCCGCAUUGCAUACCUAAGGAAAAAUUUCGAACAGGAGCCGCAGGGUAUGGAAGUGCCGAUCAACGGCAUGAUCGUUCUCCACUGCCGCCCACCCGAUGGAGUGCCUGCAGCUGAGGUUGAGUGGCUGAAAAAUGAAGAGCUGGUGAGUUCUAUUGAAGACAUUAAUAUCGACACUCGAGCUGACCACAACUUGAUCAUCAAUGAAGCAAGGCUGUCUGACUCUGGAAACUACACCUGCCUGGCCAGCAACAUUGUUGCUAGGAGACGUAGUGCCACGGCAACAGUCAUUGUGUUUGUGAAUGGAGGAUGGUCAUCCUGGACGGACUGGUCAGAGUGUAAUGUCCACUGUGGGAGAGGAGUUCAGAAGCGGACACGGACCUGCACUAACCCCGCUCCACUUAAUGGAGGGGCUUUCUGUGAAGGAAUGUCCGUUCAGAAGAGCACCUGCACGUCUCCGUGCCCAGUGGACGGUGGCUGGGCCAAGUGGACUAUGUGGUCUGUGUGUAGUUCUGAAUGUGAGAGGCAGCGCACUAGAGAGUGUACAGACCCGGAGCCAAAACACGGAGGCAGACUGUGUGAUGGAGCCGCCCUGGACAUGGACAACUGCACAGGAGACCUUUGUAUUCAAGACAGGAAGCUGCUCCAUGAUGUGAAGGUUCCACAAGCGGAUAUGGACAGCAAUAAUGAUGUAGCGCUCUACUCUGGUCUGGCUGCGGGUGUAGUUACCGUCGUCGUGCUGGUCAUUGCUGUAACGCUGUACAGGCGGAACCAGAGCGAGUAUGGCGUUGAUGUCAUCGACUCGUCCGCGCUGACCGGAGGAUUUCAGUCCUUCAGCUUCAAAAGUGCCAGGCAAGGUAACCCUCUGUUAAUGAACUCCUCCAUGCAGCCAGACCUGACCGUGUCACGGACCUACACUGGCCCCAUCUGUUUCCCUGACUCCAUGGAGAAGGAGCUCAUCCCUGAACCUGCACUCUUUGACCCCCUUCCUGACCUCAAGGUCAAAGUUCACAGCUCCUUUAUGGUGUCCCUGGGUGUGUCUGAGAGGGCGGAGUAUCAUGCGAAAGCGCCUUCCCAAACAUUUCCUCGCGGUGUGGUGCAGGAGAUGGGAGGCGGUGGAGGCACGCUGGGUGGGAGAGGGAAGAGCCAGCUGGCUCCCGUCCAGCCAGCUCUGCUCUCCAGUAUGACGACUGGCAAGCGACCGCUCAGGACCAGCGGGGUGUUCGGGCACGGUGGAGGACGACUGGUGGUGCCCAACGCAGGUGUGAGUUUGCUGAUGCCUCACGGUGCAAUUGAAGAGGACACAACCUGGGAACUGCACAUGAGCAUUACCCAGCAGGACUCCAGUGCUUUGUCUGAUGAAGGUCAGGAGAUACUUUUGAGUCCAGAAGUAACGUACGGCCCUCCUGGCCUGACCCUUUCCUGCCCUGUUGCCUUGACAAUAGCCCACUGUGCGGAUGUGAGUUCAGAAGACUGGAAUAUCAAGCUUAAGAGACAAACCCAGGACAACAGCUGGGAGGAGGUCAUGACUGUGGAAGAGGAGAGCACCGCUUGUUACUGCCUGUUGGACACUCAGUGCUGCCACCUACUGGUGGAGAGGCCAGGGUGUUAUGCUUUAGUGGGAGAGGCCCUCACACAGGAGGCAGGGAAGAGACUCCGACUGGCUGCGUUUGGAAACAUGGAGCCCAACUUCCUCAACUAUAGCAUUCGAGUGUACUGCGUCAAUGAUACACCCCAUGCCUUUCAGGAGGUGGUAUCCGUGGAACGGGGUCGAGGAGGGCGCCUCCUGGAGGAACCUAAAACCCUGCUCUUCAGAGCGAACUCUUUUAGCCUGCAGGUCUCCAUCCAGGACAUCCCCCAGUUCCUGUGGAGCAUCAAACCUUUCACCACCUGCCAGGAAUUCUCCUUCUCUCAGGUGUGGUGCAGUAGCCAGUCUCCUCUGCAGUGUGCCUUUUCUCUGGAGCGCUACAGUCCAGCAGCCAAUCAGCUCUCCUGUAAGAUCAGUGUUCGGCAGGUCAAAGGUCAUGAGCAGAUCCUACAGGUCUACACCACCAUUGCUGAGAGUGAAAAAGAUACAGUGCCAUUCUUCACACAAUCAGACUGUACCAUCAGCUCCCAAACGGGAUCCAGGGCCUUCAAAAUCCCCCUGUCCAUUCGCCAGAGAAUCUGCGCCACCUUCGACACAGCGAAUGCCAAGGGCAAAGACUGGCAGCUCUUAGCGCAGAAACUACAUAUAGACAGGAACCUGGGUUAUUUUGCACGCCAGACGAGCCCAUCCGCUGUCAUUCUGAGUUUAUGGGAAGCUCAGCAUCAGGAGCGGGGUGAUCUGGACUCUUUGGCCAGCGCUCUAGAGGAAAUCGGCAAAGUUCAGUCCAAACACUCCACCAGCGUGGACACUCUGGAUUGCAUCAGCAAAACAAUCCCCUCCAGCGACUCCACCAUGAACCGCAGCAGUGAGGAGCUCGACGCAAACCACACCUAAGAACAGUUUCAUUGGAGAUGAAGACUAAAACACUGUCCUUAUCGGAGAUAAGAGGGUACGACAAAAGGAGAGAGGAUUUCUCUUUCUCUUUGCAAAGGGUUGCAAAGCCCUGCAAAUAGUUGCUCCUCCCUUUCCUUGACUGAUAAAAACAGAGUGUUAAAGGUGGGUUGUGACCAAAUAGACAAGCUUCAGUGAUUCACAGAAACUCUCACACACACAGUAUUUCUAUCAAGUACCCUUAAACGCAUCAGAACAAACUGACUUAUACACUAAGCCUGUCUGAUGAAAAUUUGCAGCUAAAGAUUGUGGGUAUGCUUUCGCGAUCAUUUGUUUCCAUAAAGGCAAACUGAGAAAGUUCAGCAGCCUAA